AUGUCUUUUUUUUCAUAUUUCCUUUCCAUCUUCUGCAGGAAGAAGCUCUCUAACUUCUCCCACAGUAGUAACUGGAAGAGUGCGUGCAACUAUGUGACGAAGCGCUACAUGGAGCCUGUGGACAAGGAUGUGUACUUUGAGGAUGUCCGGCUGCAGAUGGAGGCCAAACUCUGGGGAGAAGAGUACAACCGCCACAGGCCACCCAAACAGGUAUGGAUGGAACAUUUAAUUAACCAAUGAGUCAUCCAGUUGACUGACUGAUUGGAUUGUGAAUUUUCCACAAUUUUUUAAAGUUAAACUAACCAUUCCUCUCACUCUUUCUCUCUCCUCCCCCCCAGGUGGACAUCAUGCAGAUGUGUGUGAUUGAGAUGAUGGAGCGUCCUGGUAAACCUCUGUACCACCUGGAGCACUACAUCGAGGGGAAGUACAUCAAAUACAACUCCAACUCUGGCUUUGUCAAGGAUGACAACAUCAGGCUCACUCCACAGGUACAGUGGGUGUUACUGCUCACUCCACAGGUACAGUGGGUGUUACUGUUCACUCCACAGGUACACUGGGUGUUACUGUUCACUCCACAGGUACACUGGGUGUUACUGUUCACUCCACAGGUACACUGGGUGUUACUGUUCACUCCACAGGUACAGUGGGUGUUACUGCUCACUCCACAGGUACAGUGGGUGUUACUGCUCACUCCACAGGUACAGUGGGUGUUACUGUUCACUCCACAGGUACAGUGGGUGUUACUGCUGUAAAUGUGUUGUCCAACUUUAUGGAUUACUCCUGAGCUGCAGAACCCAAAGAUGCAUCUUCCUCUUUCUGUUAUCAAUUGCUAGAUUUUUCGAUGUAAUAGAUGCGGUAAAGAGGUCAAUGGAACUCGAUUAUGAUCAGAGUAUUUAUUUGUAAUUAUCCGUGCCAAUUGUCGGGUGCCAGCACGCAUCUUUCUCAUGUCAGUCAGUCAAGUGAGUUGCUACAUGGUCUAAAUAACUCAACUGGCUAGUUUGCCUGUUUGUAAAGAGAAGGGCGGGCUGUACAUUAAUCCUGCUGCUCUGAUUGGAUAGAGUGAAGCUUUAUUUCCCUGUCCACUCGCUUCAUAAUUUCACCCGAUCACUUUCACUUCUCUGUUUCAGUCUGAACAUUCAGACUGCUGCUGCCUCCUGCUAGCCUGCUACUAUGAUAAAUCAAAUGGUAAAAACGUUGAGGACACAGACACAGGUCAGACAUACACACCCCUCCGCGGAUCUUAAUCUGCAGCUUGUUUGGUCUAUAAACGUGCACGGAGAUAGGUGUUUUCUACUUAGGCAUAUUAAAACAUUAGUUUUUUUCGAUCAUGAGUAUCAUCUGAUCUAACUAUCAACUGUCAAUUUAUGGAUACAAUUACGAAUAUGGCCAUGUCGCCACACCCCUAGCUUGUAUGGAUGUCAACCCCAAUACAUGUUUGUCAUCGUCACCAAUCAACUGCAUUGCUGUUAAAAACGACUGACUACCACCACCAAUUUCUGUAUGUUAGCUAUGCUACCAGCUUAUACGAACGGGAGUUAGCAUCCAAAUCGGACUUAGUAGCCACAUUGUGGGCCUGUUACAAUAUUCAAUCAUGACGGAUUUGACGAAUAUCCACUUUGUUAGAUCAGAUUUGUUGAAUGUGCACCAAUCCAGCGUCCUUCUUCUAUCCCUCAUGGUCUGCGUUCCAUUGACCUCUUUACCGUAUCUAUGCUUUUUUCUUUGUUCUGUGUGUGUGAACCUGCAACCUUUCAAAAUGUCUGUAAGCCACCAUCUUUUCGUCGUCUGCCGGUAACCCUAGUAUUUUUCUGUCUGCCUGCAGGCAUUCAGUCACUUCUCGUUUGAGCGUUCGGCCCACCAGCUGAUCGUGGUGGACAUCCAGGGGGUGGGGGACCUCUACACGGACCCUCAGAUCCACACAGAGAAGGGGACGGACUUCGGAGAUGGAAACCUGGGUACGGCUUCCUCUCACACAGUCAACACAAUGAGGUAGACUGACAUUUUGAGUUGUGACCCACCUAGCGAAAGACUUUCAAAUAGAUUGCAACUUACUUGUUUGUGUGUUACAGGUGUGCGAGGCAUGGCACUGUUCUUCCACUCCCACCUGUGUAAUAAGAUCUGUAAGAGUAUGGGGCUCACACCCUUUGACCUCUCCACUGCAGAGAAAAGCCAGCUAGACUGCACCAACACACUGCUGGUGAGACCAUAGAAAUACAGUGCAUUCGGAAAGUAUUCAGACCCUUUCCCUUUUUCAACAUUUUGUUACAUUACAGCCUUAUUCUAAAAUGUAUUAAAUUAAUUGUUUUCCUCAACAAUCUACACACAAUACCCCAUAGUGACAAAGUGAAAACAGGUUUUUAGAUUUUUUGCAAAUGUAUUUAAAAUAAAAGCAGAUACCUUAUUUACAUAAGUAUUCAGACCCUUUGCUAUGAGACUUAAAAUUGAGUUCAGGUGCAUUAUGUUUCCAUUGAUCAUCCUUGAGAUGUUUCUACAACUUGAUUUGAGUGCAACUGUGGUAAAUUAAAUUGAUUAGGCAUGAUUUGGAAAGGCACACACCUGUCCAUACAAGGUCCCACAGUUGACAGUGCAUGUCAGAGCAAAAACCAAGCCACGUGGUCGAAGGAAUUGUCCGAGACAGGAUUGUGUCGAGGCACAGAUCUGGGGAAGGGUACGAAAAAAUGUCUGCAGCAUUGAAGGUCCCCAAGAACACAGUGGCCUCCAUUAUUCUUAAAUGUAAGAAGUUUGGAACCACCAAGACUCUUCCUAGAGCUGGCCGCCUGGCCAAACUGAGCAAUCGGGGGAGAAGGGCCUUGGUCAGGGAGGUGACCAAGAACCCGAUGGUCACUCUGACAGAGCUCCAGAGUUCCUCUGUGGAGAUGGGAGAACCUUCCAGAAGGACAACCAUCUCUGCAGCACUCCACAAAUCUGGCCUUUUAUAGUAGAGUGGCCAGACCUCAGGAAAAGGCACAUGAGAGCCUGCUUGGAGUUUGACAAAAGGCACCUAAAGACUUUUAGACCAUGAGAAACAAGAUUAUCUGGUUGGAUGAAACCAAGAUUGAACUCUUUGGCCUGAAUGCCAAGCGUCACGUCUGGAGGAAAUCUGGAACCAUCCCUACGGUGAAGCAUGGUGGUGGCAGCAUCAUGCUGUGGGGAUGUUUUUCAGCGGCAGGGACUGGGAGACUAGUCAAGAUCGAGGGAAAGAUGAACAGAGCAAAGUACAGAGAAAUCCUUGAUGAAAAGCUGCUCCAUAGCGCUCAGGACCUCGGACUGGGGUGAAGGUUCACCUUCCAACAGGACAACGACCCUAAGCACACAGCCAAGACAACGCAGGAAGGGCUUCGGGACAAGUCUCUGAAUGUCCUUGAGUGGCCCAACCAGAGCCCAAACUUGAACCAACCAGAGCCCAAACUUGAACCUGAUCAAACAUCUCUGGAGAGACCUGAAAAUAGCUGUGCAGCGACGCUCCCCACCCAACCUGACAGAGCUUGAGAGGAUCUGCAGAGAAGAAUGGGAGAAACUCCCCAAAUACAGGUGUGCCAAGCUUGUAGCAUCAUACCCAAGAAGACUCAAGGCUGUAAUCGCUGCCAAAGGUGCUUCAACGAAGUAUUGAGUAAAGGGUCUGAAUACUUAUGUAAAUGUGAUAUUUCCGUUUUUUUUUUUUUUUUUAUAAAUGUGCAAAAAUGUCUAAACCAGUUUUUGCUUUGUUAUUAUGGGGUAUUGUGUGUAAAUUGAUGAGGGAAUAAAAACAAUGUAAUCAAUUUUAGAAUAAGGCUGUAACAUACCAAAAUGUGGAAAAAGUCAAGGGGUCUGAAUACUUUCCGAAUGCACUGUAUAAUUAUAUUGAAGUAGAAUCAAAGGGCGUGUGGCUGACACACAGCAUCACGUAUCUCCUAGGUAUAGCCACAGUCAUCAUAUUACCACAGAAAUUAUAUCAGUACAUCAGACAGAAUACCACCUCGGAAAUGAUAUCACCACAGGCUAAGACCUCAGGUCACUGUAUGCAGCUAUUUAGAAUGGUCAUUUUAGUUCUCAUCUUUUAACAAUAUUUUCAACUCUCUCCUCCAAUUAGAAGUCGGCCCAGACGGUACUGAGGGGUAGUGAGGAACAGUGUGGUUUUGCUCGUUUUCGUACUAUCUCAGGGGGCCGUGUGCCCCCACUUCUCUCCCGCCUGUCGGAGACCUCGUCUGGGGACGACUCUAUGAGUGACAUAAGUGACUCCAUCCCCUGCUCGCCCCUCGCCUUCCCCGGCUCUCCACUAGGACAGCACUUCUCUAUGGGCUCCAUGGGCAAGUCUCCUCUGGGUAAGAACAGUUUUUAGAGGUUAUAGUUUACCCAAAUUAAAACCGUAUCACAUUUUUUGAAGAUCUAGAAGGUAAUCUGUGGGCCUGUAAAGUCAGUGACCCAACAUCUGGGUUUGUGUUCUUAUUUUCAGCCCAGCAUUAGCAUUAUGUUCCAAAUAGCAUGCCUAAAUCCCCAUAAAAAAACUAACUUCAAAACAGUUUUGUUAUUUGAUACAUUAGACUAGAGGUUGAAUAAACAAGGGCUCUGUUUGAGAUAUAGUUGAACUACUUCAACUUUUAUGUAAAAAAAUAAAAAAAUAUCAGCCAUUAAAUGUUUUAAUCUAACGUCUGUUUCUCACCCUCAGGUUGGUCUUUCAUAAAUGAGAUGGAUGAACGGGAGAAACACAACUGCAGCCGCAGCCCAGAACACAAGGUCAGUCAAGGCUUUGUGGAAAUGACUCUGAUGAUCCUGAUCACAAGAAUGACAUUAGUUAUGGUUGGCAUGUUCUGAGGGCUGUGGGGGUUUUUUUUCUGUAGGACUCAGAGAAUGGAGGAGACAGUGGUUGUCCAAGUGAGAGGAGGAGUGAAGGGGACCCCAACGACCAUGCAGAUGGGGUACAUUACUCUUCUCUACACCAACACUCUGUCUUAGUGAGCCUGUCCAUCACAAAUGCUUUAUGGAAACUGUCAACUGCUGUAACACUUUGUACUCUUUCUCUUUUGUCUUGUGUUGUUUAUCUAUAGCUGACACCAAAGUUAUUGUUCAUGUUUGCUCACCAUGACAUGGAUUAUUUCUUGACUCACCAGCAUUAAAAGCUGUUAAACUAUUACCCUUUGUAUAGCUAUGUUAGUGUGAACCUGGCCCUCUCUUUAGCUCUGUUUAUGGCCUCUUAGGCAGUAGGUUUUAUACUGUAUGAUGUCACCAUGUAGGCCCGCCCCCACCGCUACAACAGAUACUACUCUGAGUCGGACGAGGACAGUGUGAGAAGGGUAAACAAAAUAGAUAUCUUUAAUCUUCAUCACCAUCAUAAUCACCAAAGCCACCGUCGCCAUAAUCAAAUAAUCAUGUACUCAACCCUCUGUGAAUCAUGUACCCCUAUCCCCUUGCUGAAUAGUGUAGUGUUCCUGCUAUCUAAUGCCUUCAUCCAUGAGCUAACUGAGUUCUUGCUGCUGUCUGUCUCCUUACUGGAGAAAGGUUCCCAUCAGAUCUUCCCCUAACCCAAACUUAAACUCUCCUGCCGUAAACAACCCCAACAGCCAACCGGUGAUUUCCUGCCCUCUGCAUGAAGGUCUCUAACACAGGCCUCUCCCGCUGCAGUGUGGAGCAGCUGUUGAUUUGACACUUGCUUGUUUUCUAACGAUACAUGCUUAGUAUGGGCAAAAGUUUGAGUGCACCCAAGAAAGAGAAUGCAAACUUGUUGAAACACAAUAGAGAAAUCAGCAGAAGCCCUGUGUUUUAGUCUUAUUCCUUGUUUGGCCUGUCCAUGUCCACAUGUCUACCUGCCCCCAUACUGAUCAAAUCACCUAACCAAUCAGUCUAACUGCCUGUUCCGUCUCUUAGUGCAUGCCUGGAGUGUGAAAUAUGAUUUGCAUUAGUGCUUGAGUUGUUGUUACUUUGAACAAGCAUUACUACAGAUACAGUGCUUCAUUGUCCUUUCCUAAGCUCUGUGUGUCUGUGUCCAGCUGACAGAUGAGAAAUGGAGUGUCUACCACUCGUCUCGUUCUCACUUCCACCGGCCAUCCUGUGUUGCUGUGGAGAUGGAGAGACUCGACUCACUAAUCCUGGAGAGGAAGAUCGGCAAGUCCAUCCUGGGGAAGGUGAGUGGCACACACACACACACACACACACUAAACACACACAAUAUAUCUCCUCUGGCCUCUCCCCCAGGUCCACCUGGCGAUGGUGCAUUACCACGAGGCUGGUCGAUUCUGUGAGAAGGAGGAGCAGUGGGACCAGGACUCAGCCAUGUACCACCUGGAGAGAGCCGCCAUGUGUGGGGAACUAGAGGCUAUCGUAGCCCUGGGACAGUGUUGCCUACAGCUGCCACACCAUAUACUGUCAGAGAUGGAGCUAGAGGUAUUUAUCUCUCACUCUCUCUCUGUAUUUAUCUAUAUAAUAAUAAUAAUAAUAAUAAUAUGCCAUUUAGCAGACGCUUUUAUCCAAAGCGACUUACAAUCAUGCGUGCAUACAUUUUUGUGUAUGGGUGGUCCCGGGGAUCGAACCCACUACCUUGGCGUUACAAGCGGCGUGCUCUACCAGCUGAGCUACAGAGUGUGUAUUAGAGAGGUGUCUUUUGAAUCUCUCUGUUAUUACAAGCUAUAUGUUGCUGUCUUGUCAUCAGGACAACUCAGGGUGUCGUAUGAAGGGCUUUAAGCUCCUACUGCAGGCUGCUGAGGCAGGACACAGACCCUGCAUGAUCCUGGUGGCCAGGGCCUUCGACACCGGCAUCAACCUCUCACCAGACAGGUCAGAGACUGGUGGGAUAUAUCAGAUACAGUAUCAACUUGUGAUGGGCUGUGUCUAAAAUGGCACCAUAUUUAUUAAUUAGCCUACAUGGCGAUAUCUACCUAGAGAUCUGAGAAAGAUUAGAAUUGAUCAGGACUGUGAAAUUGAUAUUUUAAAAAACUAUUAUAAGCCUUCUCUGUGCUUCUCAGGUCCCAGGACUGGAAGGAGGCGAUGAGAUGGUACAACUGUGCCCUGAACAUGACAGACUAUGAUGAGGGGGGUGAGUUUGACGGCAUUCUGGACGAGCCUUGCUACCUGCUGCUAGCCAGAGAGGCUGAGAUGUACCAGGAGGGGGGCCACAGCCUGGACCCAGACCCACAGAGAGCAGGUAAGGCACAGCGCAAAGAACCACACCUGAGCUUAGAACCUAUAACUAUUACCCUAGAACCCUACAGUCCUAACUUGAGCCUUCAGUGUGAGAACCUUUUGUUGAACUUACAGUAACUAACCAAAGACUCCCUCUCUGCUGCAGGUGAUCUGUUCACAGAGGCAGCAGACGCAGCCAUGGAGGCGAUGAAGGGCCGACUGGCCAACCAGUACUAUAUGAAAGCAGAGGAGGCCUGGGGCAUGAUGGAGGAAGAGGAGUAGGAGACGAAGGGGCUGUCAUUCUGUAAGGCCAAAGGAAUCGGCUAAAGCAGAAUCAACCUGGAACCCAGGAUAAUGUUGUGAUGGAUCCUCCUCCCUAACGGUUUAAAGUUUACAGACACAUUCACUGUGUGAUUUCCAAAAUGCUGUGUGAGUGUUUGAUCUGUAUAUGACCUUUUAUGCAGCCGUCCUCCGGCCUAGCUGUCUUUCUUGGUGCUGUAGAGGGAAUUAUGUCUGGUCCUUGUCUUGUACUUUUCUAUUCCUGUCCCCAUUGCCCUCUGGACAUAUGAAUGUGGUUGCAUUUCAGAGGCAAUUUUCUAAAAACAUGUGUGUGUGCUUGCUAGCUUAAAGGGAUACUUUGGGAUUUU